AUGGCUGAAAGUGAAUUGCUUGUGUUUACAGCCGAGCUAAAUAAAUUAAAAGAGAAUGAAUUAAUCGAUAUAAUUUUGACUCAGAAGAUGCCAGCUUCAGUGUCUAAUGUGCAACUACUGAAGUAUGUAUCGGGAAAAAGUGAGAAAUUAAUAAAUAGUGACUCUGACAAAUUACAUGCCAGUCAUGUGAGCAUAACCUGUGAGCAAUGUGAAAAGCGUAUGGAGAAAAUUGAAUUUAUGAAUAGUGAACUUAACAACGUAAGUAAACUCUCUUUUCAUCUUGAAAAACGAACUCAGGAGCAAGCAGACUUGAUUUUUUUACUAAAACAACAACAUUCUUCAUUUAAUCCAAAUAAUUCAACAACGGUACCAGUUACUCCAUCUACCAGUUUUGAGAAUAAACCUUUAUACAGGAAUGAAAAGAUUCCGUCUUCAUCGAUAAAUUUCGAUAAAAACUUGGAUACAAAUGUAGGUACAAGCACGACUCAGCAAAAACUAAUCAAUCGGAUUCAAAAAACAAACAACACAAACCCAGAGCAAAAAAUGAUAGCCGAUAAGUCAACAAAUAAUAUCGAUGGAAAUAAAAAAGGGCAUUCCGUUGGGAAUCACCUCAAUUUUAAUAAAAAUAGACAAACACGACUAAUUGGUAGCAAUGAUGCUCCAACUUUUAAAACAAUACCGAGACAGGGUCACGUGCAUGUGUCUCGUAUCAGUGCAGAUAUGUCCUCGGCUGACUUAAUAAAUAUAUUGAACAAAACAGCUCCUAAUAUUAAGUUUUGUAGCGAAGAGUGGAACAGAACGGAAAAAACUUCGACUUACAAAGUAUCGUUUCCACUAGACAAUUUAAAUGAUGUUUACAUUCCUACAAUCUGGCCUAAAGGUGCAGCGGUUAAAAGAUUUCAUUUCAAGAAAAAUUUUCUUCGAGGGGAAUCAACGGAGCAACAAACCUAG